AUGCUCGCCGCCGGAAGCAGCGCGAUGGAGGUGGAGGUCCCUGAUGACCUCCGCUUUGUCCCAUUCGAUUAUGACAUCGACGAAGGAACUACCCUACUACAGGAGGAGGGCGGCGAGGAGGUUUGGAGAACAUUCAGCACCCAAGAAGCCGAGGGUCCCCCUCCCUCUCAGUCGUCAGCUUCAGUCCCCGCCCAGCAUGUCAAAGGAGCGGACGGUACCGCCCAACCUGAAGGCACGGGAACUCUGAAGGCCGAUAAGGGGAAGCAGAGAGAAGGAUGGGCUCCAUUCGCCGAUGAGGCGGCCGCCAUCGCUUGGUUUUCCACCCUACCAGAGGACAAUGCCGCUUCCCUCAUGCGCGCCUACCUUGCCAACACCGUUGCGAUGUCCGGGCCGCCUCAUCGGGAGGCAUUUCCAAAAGACAGCAAAUUCCCUUUGGCCACCGCGCUCAAGUCCGCCCGCGAGGCAUCGGCGCAGCAAUCGGGUGCCAGCGCGAAUAAGGAGAUGGAGGAAAUACUCAAAGGUGUCGUCGAUUCGAUGCCCGAGAAUAUCCGCCAGGAGAUCCUCUCUGAUGAUUCUGAGUUAAUCUGGAACAUUCCGAGCCUCGAAAGCGCAGGCAUGUCGGCCGAUCUCAUCGACGCUCAGCUGAACUACAUGUCAUCGUGGUUGGCCACUCUCGUAAACCACUAUAUGCACAAUUGCGAGGUCCACGAGAGACUGGAGAAUCACCUGAGGGCGGUGAAAGCAGCCUUGGUGCUCAGGGAACAGAGCACGGCUCUUUCCGACUCCCUCAAAGGCCUAUGCAACAUGUAUGAUAGUUAG